AUGGCCUGCACGAGUCGGCGGAGGAAUAUGUCAUUCGUGACAUAUUCCCCGUUUUUCACAUUGGUCCUUGCGCCUUUCCUUCUCUUCCUACUUUGUCUCCCUGCACCAGCAUCAGCUGCCGGCUCAGCUGUUCUGGGUAUCGAUAUCGGAACCGAGUACCUCAAAGCCGCCCUCGUGAAACCUGGUAUCCCACUCGAAAUCGUCCUUACGAAAGACUCGAAGCGCAAAGAAUCGGCCGCAGUUGCUUUCAAACCUUCCCGCGAAAACGGCGCUCCUUUUCCCGAACGAUUCUACGGCGGAGACGCCCUCGCUCUCGCUGCCCGCUUCCCCGAUGAUGUCUACGCGAACUUGAAGGUGCUUCUUGGAAUCUCAUUUGGAGAUGGUAAUGAAGCCGUGCAAACCUAUAGCGACCGGUACCCCGCGCUCCAACUCGAACAAGCCCCAGGUAUCCGAGACACCGUUGGGUUCCGCAGCAAAAAGAUAGGGGACGGCGAGGGAACGUAUACAUUCUUGGUCGAAGAAAUUCUCUCUAUGCAGCUGAAACAAUUGAGGGCAAAUGCCGAAGCACUGGCUGGCAACGGCGCAACUAUUCAAGAUGCUGUUAUUACCUAUCCUGCCUACUAUACCGCCGAAGAGAAACGAAGCGUUAAAUUGGCUGCAGAGUUGGCUGGCCUAAACGUUGAGGCUAUGAUUAGUGAUGGCUUGGCCGUUGGAUUGAAUUACGCAACUAGUCGAACCUUCCCCAGCGUCUCCGAUGGUCAGAAACCGGAAUACCAUUUGGUUUAUGAUAUGGGAGCGGGCUCUACUACCGGAACUGUUCUUAGAUUCCAGAGCAGAAACGUGAAAGACGUCGGCCGUUUCAACAAGACUGUCCAGGAAAUUCACGUCCUCGGUGCUGGUUGGGACAGAACACUGGGCGGUGACGCUCUCAACGAGCUCAUUGUGAAUGAUAUGGUCAACAAACUUCUAGAGAAUAAGAAACUCAGUGAAGGAACCACCGCCUCAAAGAUUAAGUCUCACGGCAAAACAAUGGCAAAGCUUUGGAAAGACUCUGAGCGUAUCCGCCAAAUUCUUAGCGCCAAUACUGAAACAGGCUCCACCUUUGAAGGCUUGUAUGAAGAAGAUGUCGUUUUCAAAUAUAAGAUCACCCGGUCUGAAUUCGAAACUUUGGCAAAGGAACAUGCUUCGAGAGUAGGAAAACCCAUUGAGGAUGCUCUUGCUGCGGCAAAUAUUAAAUUGAGUGACCUUGAUUCCGUUAUUCUCCACGGUGGGGCUAUCAGAACGCCAUUUGUGCAAAAGGAACUCGAAAAAGAAUGUGGUGGCUCCAGUUUGCUCAGAACAAGCGUUAAUGCCGAUGAAGCCGCUGUGUUUGGUGCAGCUUUCAAGGGCGCUGGAUUGAGUCCCAGCUUCAGAGUCAAGGACAUCCGCGCUGUGGAUGCGGCCACUUAUGCUGUCAAAGUCAAGUGGGACUCCGACGGAAAGGAAAGGCAGCAGAAGCUCUUCACGCCCACUUCUCACAUCGGUGUUGAGAAACACCUAACCGUGAAAAACUUGGACGACUUCGAGUUCAGCUUCUACCAACAAAUUCCUUUCGGCGAUGACGAGAAUGAUGCGCCUGUGCUGGGAGUAGCUACACAGAACCUGACGGAAUCUGUGAAGAAAUUGUCUGACGAGUACUCAUGUGCACCAGCCAACAUCACCACCACAUUCUCCGUCCGCCUCAACCCCGCUAGUGGCCUCCCUGAGAUCACUAGUGGUUCUGUUAGCUGCGAAGUAGACGCCUCUAAAAAGGGAAGCGUUGUUGAUGAUGUCAAAGGUUUUUUCGGUCUUGGAAAAAAAGACGAGCAAAAACCAUUACAGGAAGAAGGCGAAUCUGUCGAAUCGGUUACUCUCCAAGAGGAGCCCUCGACACCGACCGAGGCUAGCUCAUCUACCACGCAGACCUCUGACGCUUCAUCGGCACAAGAGACAAAGCCAGCAGAAUUGAAGGUGAAGAUCGAAACCAUUCCGAUCAACCUCAAGUCCACUCUUCUCGGACGCCCUACUCUGUCAUCAGAAGAACUCACACGGAUCCGGGACCAUUUGGCUGCGUUUGAUGCAUCCGAUAGAAGCCGCGCUUUAAGAGAAGAAGCACUCAACGAGCUCGAAGCGUUCAUUUAUAAAGGUCGCGAUUUAGUAGACGAUGAAGAGUUUGUCAAAACCCUGAAGGGAGAUCAGCUUUCGCUUUUGAAAGAGCGUGUCGAAGCUGCGAGCGAAUGGCUUUAUGGCGAUGGAGCAGAUGCAAGUACCAAAGAAUUCAAGGAGAAGCUAGGAUCUUUAAAUGAAAUCGUCAACCCCGCUCUACGGAGAAAGAAGGAGAACUCUGAGCGUGAAACCAAGGCCAAGAUCCUCAAAGAACUGCUCAGUGGCUCAAAGUCAGUCGUGGAUCUGGUUGAGCUCCAGAUCAAGAGCGACGAAGAUGCGUUUUCUUCACUAGUUGCUGAGAGCUCAACCUCGACGGUGGAAUCAUCAGAGACCAGCUCUACCACCGCAACUGCUUCUGCUACUGAUGGCGGAAUUGAUUUGGACGACGACCCUUACUCGUCCUCCACCACGAUUACUGCCACAUCUGCGAACGCUGUUCCCACAGCACCCACGUAUUCCAUGUAUACUCCACAGGACUUGGCUUCUUUGAAGACCGUUCUGGAAUCCGUGAAUGAAUGGUUCGAUACACAAAGCGCGCUUCAGGAGAAGCUUACCGAGUCUGACGAUCCCGCCUUGACCGUGGCUGACAUGGACUCGCGACUACAAGAAGUUGAGCGCAAACUACAACACAUAUAUGGCAAGAUGGGUGCCAAAAAAUCAGGAAGCGACUCGUCCGGCUCGAAGAAGAAGAAGGGCGACGGCAAAAAGAAGAACGGUGGCAAGAGUAAAUCGAAGACGGAAAAGACAUCUUCCAAAGCUAAACCGACGGCAAAGGACGAGUUGUAA